AUGUCGUAUGUAAGGAAAGGUAAUCCGUCUAUGGGGAGGUCUAGCAUUCACAAGGUCAUCGAAUCUUUCAAGAAUGGGUUUGCUUGGAAGGUUGGGAGUGGAAAGGACAUUUCAGCAAUUAGUAUGCCAUGGGUAAAAGGAGAAAUCCCUGUUGUUAAAUCAGGUCAAACUCUGCAGACAACCUUAAAUUGGAAAGUAAGUGAUUUUAUUGAUAGUGAGUCUAAUAGUUGGAAGGCUCGAAAAGUUAGAGAAUGCUUUGAGUGGGACUUGGAAAAGGCUAUUCUAUCAAUGGAACUUCCAUACAAUAGUGAGGAUGACUUCCUCUAUUGGAAAUACCAUCCACCAGGAAGGUAUAUAGUUAAAACAGGUUACUAUUAUUUACACAAGGAUCUAGGGUUAGAAGGAACUAGUUCCAUGGGCAGUGAUCAGAACUUUAUUAAGAUACUAUGGAAAAUGGAGAUCCAACUUAAGUGGAAAUAUUUUAUGUGGAGAGUCUUCCAUGAUGGUAUAGCGGUCAAAGCUAAUUUGGCAAGGAGAGGGGUUCCCGUUGAUAUAGUAUGUGAACACUGUGGUGUUGGUGAAGAGGAUAGCCAACACCUCUUUAGAUUUUGUAUUCAGGCAAGGGAAGCUUGGGAGACUGGCUCCCUAAAUAUUUGCCCUGACUUUCUUGGAUCCACGUAUUUGCGCAGUUGUAUCCAACACUAUAUCCUGUUAUUUUACAGUGAGGAUGGCAAGCACGGCACCCGUUAUGUCUUAUUCAUAGCAACGCUUUUGGGCCUAUGGAAAACAAGGAACGAGAAAUGUUUCAAUGGAGUGGCGGGGACAUCGCGACGAGUAAGGGAGUUCAUUAACAUUGCUUUGCAGAAUCACGAGACUUUCUUAAACCAAGCUAACACGGCUAAUGGAGGAGAAGACACCAGCCGGGAGGACCCAGCAUUCCCACCAAGUUUAUAUCAUGUCCAUUUAGGAAAGGAGAAGGUUAGGUUUGAUGACUUUAUUGUAGAAGUUGAUGGCUCCUGGGAUAAAACAACAACAAGAGCAGGAAUAGGGUGGGCGGUGAAACCCAAUACGCAGGGCCACGUGCUGGAGGAGGGAGGAGGCCAUGGAGCUGCAGCAUCAGCUACCCAAUGCGAGGCAUGGGCUUGCCUGGAGGCCAUGAGGUGGGCACAAACUAAGGGCAGACAGGGGAUUCUUAUCCUUUCUGACUCUAGUUCUUUGGUAAACAACCUUCAAAAUAAGGGAACUGUGGAAGUUUCGAUAACUUGGAUUCUCAGGGAGAUAAAGGAAGCAGGGGCGGGCUACCAAAGAUGCGCUAUAUUAAAAGUUCCAAGGGAGCAGGUUCAAAAAGCAAAUGAUAUAGCCAGGAAAUAUCGUUUGAAGACUUCUCUAAUUCUCAUGGUUGUUCCUUAUGGGAGGCUUGUGAGGGGUAGCUAUAAGCAGGAUACUUAUGCAAAUUGUAAUGAUUUUUCUAGUUCUUGCAAGAUUUCUAAUGAUGAAUCUUUUGUUCCCCAAGAUGAACCCAUAAUGCAUGAUGCCAACCCCCCAUAA